GAAACACUUUUUUAAGUGUCUGACGAGAUGCCGCUUGACGAGUGAGACCGCUAUCUAACCUACUGAUAUUUGCAAGCGGAGUUAAAACAUUGAAAAUGGAAAACGUCUGUCUUGAAAGUUUAAUCUUAAAGUUGCAUGAUGUUCAGGCAGUGAAAUUCGGAACGUUCACGCUGAAGAGUGGAAUAACCUCGCCGAUUUAUUUUGAUCUCAGAGUUAUUGUUUCUUACCCAACUCUCAUGAACCAGGUGUCAAGUCUUCUUUAUCAACGCGCCAAAGAUGAGGACUUAAAAUACAGCUCUGUGUGUGGAGUCCCAUACACUGCUCUACCCUUGGCUACAAUAAUCUGCUCCAAUCACGAGCUGCCCAUGCUCAUCCGAAGAAAAGAAGCCAAAGACUAUGGAACUAAGAAGAUUAUAGAGGGGACUAUUCACCCUGGAGACACGUGUCUGAUCAUCGAGGAUGUAGUGACCAGCGGCAGCAGCGUCAUGGAGACGGCUCUGGUGCUCCAGGCGGAGGGUUUAAGGGUGACUGAUGCCAUCGUGUUGAUGGACAGGGAGCAGGGCGGCGGGGCCAUGCUGGCCAAGAGGGGCAUCACGCUCCACUCCGUCAUCUCCAUCUCCAAACUCCUCAACACCCUGUUUCAGGCAGAGCGCAUUGACUCGCUCACGGCCCAGAGCGUGUGCAGGUUCAUCCAGGAGAACAACACCUACAAGCCCUCUGGUGAGGAGGAGAAGAACGGCUCGCCUGCAGCCAAAAAGCCCUGCAAGCCGGCGGAGCUGAGCUAUGGAGACAGGGCCCAGCUCCAGAAUACACACCCUCUGGCCGCCCAGCUCCUCAGACUGAUGGAAGAAAAGAAGACCAACCUAUGUGUGUCGGCAGACAUGACGGGCUGCGAGGAGCUGCUGCAGCUGGCCGACUCUCUGGGGCCUCAGAUGUGUGUGUUGAAGACCCACGUGGACAUCCUUCAGGACUUCAGCCCAGCCUUCACCCAGUCACUCAAGGACCUGGGUCUCAAACACAACUUCCUCAUCUUUGAGGAUCGCAAGUUUGCCGACAUCGGGAACACGGUCAAGCACCAGUAUGAAGGUGGGCUCUACCAGAUCUCCUCAUGGUCUCACAUCGUUAAUGCCCAUGCGGUACCAGGCCCUGGGGUGGUGAAGGGGCUCAGUGCAGUGGGCCGCCCGCUGGACCGCGGCUGUGUCCUCAUAGGUCAGAUGAGCUCCCAGGGUUCCCUAGCAACAGGGGACUACACGCAGGCUGUGGUGAAAAUGGCUGAGGAGCAUUCUGAGUUUGUUUUUGGGUUCAUCUCUGGCGCCAAGAUCAGCAACAAGCCUGAGUUUGUACACAUGACUCCAGGGGUGCAGAUGCAGUCAGGAGGAGAUGGUCUGGGCCAGCAGUACUCCAGUCCUGAUGAUGUGAUUUGUAAAAGAGGCUCUGACAUCAUCAUCGUUGGCCGUGGUAUCCUGGGGGCCUCUGAUAGGGUGAAGGCUGCUGCAGAGUACAGAGAGGCAGGCUGGAACGCAUACACCAAGAGACUCAACACAUCUAGCCAAGGAGACGCUAAAGACUAGGGCUACAUCCUAAAUGGCACCUUAUUCCAUAUAUAUUGCACUACUUUUGACCAGAGCCCUAUGGGCCUUGGUCAAAAGUAGCGCAUAGGGUGCCAUUUGGAUGCUGACAAGACUAGAGCAGACACCACAUCGCUAAUGUGAAACAUGAUUAUUCCCUCCAACCAGCUGCUGAGACCAUUCUCUUAGCCACAACUAGUUACAAAACUUGCUAAAUCAACUGAACUGCGACAAUGCUAAUUUUAACCUUUGGCGACAGGGAUAUGUUUCAGUUUUUUUUUCUUCCAUAGUGUUAUUUUUAUAUAAUCUAAUUUGCCAUUUUUUAAAUGAUUUGUGUUGACCAGUUAUAUGUAAUUGUGAAAUGAAUUAAAUAAAUACAUUUGCUGUAAUUAUCAGUUUUCUUUGAAGUCUAUAAACAUUUUAUCAGGGGUGUUUUCUACAGAUGAACAGAUACAGAUGGAAGGCUGUCAAAAGAUUCAUUCUACAAAACAAACCUUGGCAUUGUGUAUUAAUUCAUUGACAUUGCAACAAUCAAUUGACUUGUGUUGACAACAAUGUAUUGGUGAACCAGUGAAGUCUUUAUCCCUCUGAUGAUUAUUUGUGAUGUGCCAUCCAGGUGUAGGGUUUGCUGUAUACCCUAGCCAUUAAUAAACCGUGAAUAUGCUGA